UCUCGCUCCUUUAUUAUCUGUCGUGGAUCCUUAAAGCCCACCGAGGACUUGUUUGCUGAGGGACCCCAUGUGGCGGUGAAGAGCGGCGGAAUACACACCGGAGAGACGGCCCCGGGGCCCCGGGCUGGAGAAAGGCGCAGUGCUCCAGUAGUCUGACCGCUGGUCAGGGGAGUCGUCACCAUGGCCCUGAGCCCCGCCCCCUCCCACCCCCUGCUGCUCGCCAACGGAGAUCACCAUGGCAACCACCAGGAGCCGCCCGGCGACGCCCCUAGCGACCGCCUCACCCCCAGCCCGUUAGGCGACGCCCCCGCGGCCCACGACGGACGGACGACGGACGGACAGAACGGCUCCCUGAAGCCCCUCCCCUGCCCCUCCCCCUCCUCCCCCCCCGCCGAGGACCCGCCCCCCCCCUCCCCUCAGCUCCCCCCCCUCCCCCCCUGCUGCCAGGGCUGCCCCUUCCACCCCCCCCUCUUCUGCCCCUGCUCCCAGGCGGAGCUCCGCCCCCUCUACCAUCACCCCCCCUGCCCCUGCUGCCCCCCCCACCUUCCCCCAGGCUCCGCCCCCAGACCCCCCUGCCUCCUGCCCCCCCACCAGCAGGCCCUCUGGCACCAGCAGCUCCACCCCCACCCCCCCCCACACAGACCUGUUAGGCCACUCCGAUUCCCUAAAAGCUACGCGGAGCUGAUAGCUGAUUGGCCGGUGGUGGUGCUGGGCGUGUGCACGGUGCUCAUCGUGAUCUGCGCUCUGAUUGGCGUGCUGGUCCCGGACCUGCCCGACUUCUCAGACCCCCUGCUGGGCUUCGAGCCGCGAGGGACCGCGAUUGGCCGACGGCUGGUCACAUGGAACAACAUGCUGAAGAACACGGGCUACCGAGCGACGCUGGCGAACUACCCGUUCAAAUACGCAGACGAGCAGGCCAGGAGUCGCCAGGAGGACCGCUGGACAGACGACCACUUUGACCGAGACAAACGGCAGGCAGAGUGGGACUUCAGUAAAGACACCUUCUUCUGCGACGUUCCAGGUGACCGGUACUCCCGGCUGGUCUUCACCUCCGCUGAGGGACGCAACCUUUGGAGCCUGCCGGCCAUCAAGUCCAUGUGUGAGAUGGACAACAGCAGGGUGCGGUCCCACCCUCUGUACUUGAGCCUGUGCCAGCGCACCAGCGACGCCUCGUGCUGCCCGUCCUGGACGCUGGGGAACUACAUCGCCGUGCUCACCAACCGCUCGUCCUGCCAGAAGAUCACGGAGCGCGACGUCACCCACACCCUGCGGGUGCUGCGCUCCUGCGCCAAGUUCUACCACAACGGCACCCUGGGGCCCGACUGCUGGGACAUGACCACGCGCCGCAAGGACCAGCUCAAGUGCGCCAACGUGCCGCGCAAGUGCACCAAGUACAACGCCGUCUACCAGGUCCUGCACUUCCUGGUGGACAAGGACUUCCUGAGCCCCAAGAGCCUGGAGAACCCGCCGCAGGUCCUGAAGCACAGCCUGCUGUUCUCGCCCACGGAGAAGGGCGAGAAGGGCAUGAUGAGCAUCUACCUGGACAACUUCGAGAACUGGAACGCGUCGGACGGCGUCACCACGGUGACGGGCAUCGAGUUCGGCAUCAAGCACAACCUGUUCCAGGACUACCUGCUGACGGACACGGUGUACCCGGCCAUCGCCAUCGUCAUCGUGCUGCUGGUCAUGUGCGUGUACACGCGCUCCGUCUUCAUCACGCUCAUGACCAUCAUCGCCAUCAUCAGCUCGCUCAUCGUGUCGUACUUCCUGUACCGCGUGGUCUUCAAGUUCCACUUCUUCCCCUUCAUGAACCUGACGGCCCUCAUCAUCCUGGUCGGCAUCGGCGCCGACGACGCCUUCGUGCUCUGCGACGUCUGGAACUACACCAAGCUGGACAAGCCGGGGGCGGAGAUGGCGGAGACCAUGGGCGUGGCGCUGCAGCACGCCGCGCUCUCCAUGUUCGUCACCAGCUUCACCACCGCCGCCGCCUUCUACGCCAACUACGUCAGCAACAUCACCGCCAUCCGCUGCUUCGGCGUCUACGCCGGCACCGCCAUCCUGGUCAACUACAUCCUGAUGGUCACCUGGCUGCCGGCCGUGGUGGUCCUCCACGAGCGCUACCUGCCCAGCGUGUUCCCCUGCGCCCCGCCCCCGGGCCAGCAGGGGGCGGCGGUGCGUCGCGGCGGCGUGGCGGCCGUCUGGGCCGGCGCCUGCCACGUGGUGCAGCGGGGGCUGGCGGCCAUGUCGGAGGCGUCCACGGUGUUCUUCGAGAAGGUGCUGCCCUGCGUGGUCAUCAAGCUGCGCUACCUGUGGCUGCUGUGGUUCCUGGCGCUGACGGUGGGCGGGGCCUACGUGGUGUGCGUGGACCCCAAGAUGAAGCUGCCCUCGCUGGAGCUGGCCGAGUUCCAGGUGUUCCGCUCCUCGCAUCCCUUCGAGCGCUACGACGCCGACUUCAAGAAGCUCUUCAUGUUCGAGCGCGUGCAGAACGGAGAGGACCUCCACAUGCCCAUCACCAUCAUCUGGGGGGUGGCCCCCGAGGACAACGGGGACCCCCUGAACCCCAAGAACAAGGGCAAGCUGGUGCUGGACGGGGGCUUCAACAUCGCCAGCCCCGCCUCCCAGCUCUGGCUGCUCAACUUCUGCCAGAAGCUCAGGAACCAGAGCUUCGUGUUCCAGUCCGAGGAGCAGGACUUCACCAGCUGCUUCAUGGAGACCUUCAAGCAGUGGAUGGAGAACCAGGAGUGCGACGAGGCCUCUGCGCUCUACCCCUGCUGCAGUCAGUCCACCUUCCCCUACCGCCAGGAGGUGUUUGAGCUGUGCAUCAAGAGGGCCAUCAUGGAGCUGGACCGCAACACCAUGUACCACCUGGACAGCAAGACCCCCGGCCCGCGCUUCGACAUCAACGACACCAUCCGGGCCAUCGUGCUGGAGUUCCAGAGCACCUACCUGUUCACCCUGGCCUACGACAAGAUGUACCACUUCUACCGCCAGGUGGACGAGUGGAUCAGCGAGGAGCUGCUCAGCGCCCCGGCCGGCCUCCGUCACGGCUGGUUCAUCAGCAACCUGGAGUUCUACGACCUCCAGGACAGCCUGUCGGGGGGCACCCUGAUCGCCAUGGCGCUGUCGGUGGGCGUGGCCUUCGGCGUGAUGCUGCUGACCACGUGGAACGUCAUCAUCAGCCUCUACGCCAUCAUCUCCAUCGCCGGCACCAUCUUCGUGACGGUGGGCUCCCUGGUGCUGCUGGGCUGGGAGCUCAACGUGCUGGAGUCGGUCACCAUCUCCGUGGCCGUGGGGCUGUCGGUGGACUUCGCCGUGCACUACGGCGUGGCGUACCGGCUGGCGCCCGAGCCGGACCGGGACGGGAAGGUGGUCUUCUCCCUGAGCCGCAUGGGCUCGGCCAUCGCCAUGGCGGCCCUGACCACCUUCGUGGCGGGCGCCAUGAUGAUGCCGUCCACGGUGCUGGCGUACACGCAGCUGGGCACCUUCAUGAUGCUCAUCAUGUGCGUCAGCUGGGCCUUCGCCACCUUCUUCUUCCAGUGCAUGUGCCGCUGCCUGGGUCCCCAGGGGUCCUGCGGGCAGAUCCCCCUCCCCGAGAAGCUGCGGUGCCAGGCCUUCGCCGAGGGCACCGCCAGCCUCCCCCCGCCCCCGGGGAAGAGCCCCGGGUCGGGCAAGUACCGGCUGGGCGGGCGGGGAGCCGCGGAGGUGGAGCACUGCGAGCUGGAGCCGCUGGCGGCCAAUCAGAGCAAGGAGGGGGAGGAGCCCUGUCAAAACGGCUCGGCCAAUAGCCGCCCCCCGCAGGCCCCCGGAGAUCUCGGACCCUCCCCGGACCCCGCUGGCCCUCAGAGGAGACACCUCCAGCUGGGCCCCCAGACCCUCUCCCCUUCCACCCCCCCCAACCCGGCCCCCGAUGCCCUCUACCCGGCCCGGGAGUGCUGUCUGCACUACAUCCGCUACCCCCACCUCCACCACCACCCCUGCUCCCAGGGCUGGAUGGCCCACCACCUCCUGCCGGACCCCGGCCAGGACCCCGGUCCAGGACCCGCGGGGGGUCUGGAGAACCCACCGCCCAGGGUGAGUCCGCCCGGGCAGAACCAGACUCCACCGACGGGUUCGGAGAGGACACGCCCUCAGGCCCCGGCUCCCGUCGGCCCCUGCCAGGUGUGCCGACCAGCGCCGCUACAACCAGACGCCGCCCCACCUGGUGGCGACCACCGCAGUCGUGGAGGACGUCUGUCGAGCCCCCCGGGGGGCGACCAUGUCUCCAGGACGCUCUCCUGCUGCACCACGCCCCGCAGCCAGGACACGCCCCCCAGGAGGCCCCACCCCCCCGUCGACCCCAUAGUACACGCCCCCCGGGACGCUGCCGGCGAGCCGACUGCGUCUCCAAGGAAACUGGGCUGCUUCAAGAGGAGGUUAAAGGUCAAGACGCCAGACACCUCGGAGGUGGACGGCGGCGCGGCGGCGCAGCCUCCGCCCGCCUCAGAGAGUUUGUGUUGACGCAGAGACGCUCGCCGUGUGUGGUUAACGUCCGAAAUGUGGCGCGUAGCCGCGGCCCACUCCUGCCACGCGCCUCUUUGCGUUCCUGCAAACAUCCCGACUUAUUUAAUAUAUUUUCGUCUACAAUUCAGUUUCCACAGCAAAACCUUUUCCUCUAAGGCUAACGUCGGGUUGCUUCAAGCCAAAUGCACCAAGGGGCCGAAUCUGUAAUCCGACAAAUAUGUCCGAUCAUAUCGUAUUUCCCCUGAUGUGAUGCAGUUAACGCAGCAGCGCAAGAUUCAGGAAUUAUUCUUGCUUUGCUGGAUUUCAUGGGCUAGCUUUUAGUGUUUGUAUUAGCACGGAUUGUACGAGGUAGCCUUGAUUUUACAAACUAGCCUGUGCCGUGUUCCAAUACCCGUACUUCCAUGAGUAUACUUAAAGGAAGUAUACUAUCCGUGCUGUUCCAAAUCGAGUACUCUGUGGUGCACUAACCGGAAAUUACGAUCACGACUGCCGCCGCGGUUCCUCCCCCGCAAUAAACAUCCCGCUUUGAACGGUGAACUCUUUACGCCUAGCAGCUAUAAAAAGCUAUAAAAACUACAAAAUGACUCUGUUAAUG